AUGAUAACUUCUAUUGUCAAAGGGCAUAUCGAUAUGGUAACAGAUACGGGAACUGCAGCGAGCCACGUAUCUCCAAAAUCCAGCUCAAAAUCAUUCAAUUUAAGAAGUGGGGAAGAUAUAUCAGCAAGAUUGACUUCCAUCAGUUUAGAACAUGAACUAGGUGAUAACGAAACGGAAAAAGUUGCAGUGAAUGUGAAAAGCAGUGGGUGUGAGAGAACGGUCUUUCACGCGCAUACUGAGGGUGUGACUAUAACUAGUGCCAAGGGAAGUAUGAAGGAUACGGAGAAUAACAAAAAAGCCAACUCCCCCGACACAAGAAAGGAGGAGCCUGCUUUCAUAAAUCUCGAGACGUCUUUGCCUCUGAAUUUACCAAAUUCACCACCACCUUAUAAAUGUUACACCACUCAUUUCAGAGAUGUCCCGUCUUUCAAAAGCAAACAGGAAAGGUCUUUCAAUUCAGUUAAUGGAUUGGAGGACAGCAGAUUCAACCCAGUCAGCAAAACCUUGAGUAUGCAAACCAAUGUGAGACAAUUCAAAUUAUCCAGCAACACAGCUCCACAUUGUUAUUCACCUUUACUAGCCCCUAGCCCAAUUGGUGAUGAGCCCCAAAAAGUUCAAAUAAGCCUUUGGGUAAGCAAUGAAUAUGAACAAUUCUUUGGUAUGAAUAACUUCAAGAGAGAAAUUGAGUUAGCGAAGGCAUUACGGUUUGAUGAUGAAAAAAUUCUUGACUUGAAAGGAGAGCACAAUAUAUACAUCAACACAAGAAUUAUAAAUCCUAGUAAAGUAUUGGAUGCUUACUUGAAGAAUGCUUUGAAGAAGAGAGACUUGUAUAUUGAUUUGAUUUUGAAUAAUCGUGGCUGCAAUAUUUUGCUUCAGUUGAUGAAGUACUUUAAAAAUGACGAAUCGAGAUUGAAACUGCUCAUUGAUUCAGUCUAUUUGAGAAUUCUGGCAUCAUACGUGGACCAAAUCAAGAUUUUGUUUAACUUGCUUGUCGAGAAUGACGUGCUCUACCUGAAAAUCAAAUCCUUAGGAUUGUUCGCUGGAAUGCAUCAAUAUGGGAAUGGAUAUGUCUUCGGAGAGGCAACUAACGACACAUCCAUCAAGUUACCACCGGCGUUGGAAAAAUUGGUCAUCGUCAAUGGGUUAAGCUUAGCUGAUUUUGCCCUUUUACCACCAACUAUUCGAGAAAUAGGAUUGCAUAACGUUGAUAGAUUGAACUUUAGCAAAUUCAAUCUCAACAAAUGUCUCAAACACUUGAGCAUUAGCGGUGAUGCGCCUCUCCACACUGUCUCUGGCAAAUACCCUAAGGGCUUUUUAGAAUUGGAAAGAUUGAGAUUAAGCUCUUCGGUCAUGGCCAAUUGUGAUUUCAAAAAGUUUACACAUUUAUCCACAUUGAGCUUGCUGGAUUUGACUUUCGCUCAAACGAAAGCUCUCACAUUUCCUGUUUUGCUUCGAAAGUUGGAGUUGGUGGAUUGUUGUAUAAGCUCUCAAGUUUCGAGUUUUCCCGAUACCCUAAGAAUUUUGAGUGUGCUUAAUGGAAAAUGGAGUUCAAAGACGUGUAUUUUGAAUCGCUUGCAAAGAUUCAAGGUUGAGAACUGUGAAGUGAAAGAUUUGCAUGAGAAGAUAGAGAGUUGCAAGUCUUUACUCAAAUUGGAAGUUACCAAAUGCUCCAUCGAAGUGAACAAGUUUUCAUUCCCACAUACUUUGAAGGUCCUUAGAUUGAUUUCUGUUCCGUUGAAGGUGAUUAAAAACACCGCAUUUCCUCCACUGUUGGAGGUUGUCAACUUGGAAGCGAAUGAACUUGAUUCGAUUUUGCCCAAACUUAAAUUAAAAGCACUUCGAAUAGCAUCAAAUGAUUUAUCAGGUGAAAUCGGCUUACAGGACAUCCCAGCACAAGAUGUUAUUUUGACUAAUAAUCUAAAAAUUGAAAGUGUUGUGUUGGAUGCGCAUACCAACUAUCUCAACCUUUCACAUACGAAUGUUGUUUCUAUUAUUGGACAUGGGUUAACAAAGCUAGUUCUCGACGGAUGCAAGGAGUUCAAAUUGCAGCAAUUCAAAUUUCCUCCACAACUAGUACAAUUGAGCAUGAAGGAUUGUGAACUUACUGAAUUUGAUAGUAAAGAGAUGAAUAGAAGUUUGAAAAUCAUCAAUCUUUCAAGGAAUAAGUUGGCAAAGGUUGAUUUGAAAAAUUUUGCAGAACUACGCGAUAUUGAUGUGUCGAACAAUAACCUUUCAAAGUUGAAAGCAGAAGAUUUUCCGUUAUCGACAACUUCGAUAAAUGCAACGAAGAAUGUGAUAACCGAAGUGGGCUUAUUCAUUUUAACAAAGUUGGAGUGGUUGGAAGUCAGUGAAAAUGAACUCACACAAAUUGCAGAUCUCAACCUUCCCGAUGAGUUGCAAAUUUUAAUUGCUAAUGAAAAUGAUUUCAAAGAGAUUUCGUCAGAUACGUUUCAAAUUCCAUCAAAAUUACGUCACUUGGAAUUGAAUAGAUGCAAAAUUAACAAAUUCGAUUUAGCACUUCCAUCGAGGCUUAUGACUUGCAGCUUGAUUGAUAAUCAGCUACAGGCACAAAACUUUUCCAUGUCAUUUAGUGCGGCACCUUCAGAUUUAAAAUUUUUGGACUUGAGUAGCAAUUACUUCAAAUCGUUUGACUUCGAUUUGGUGUCUGGUGAUGGAAUCGAGCUAUCUGAAAUCAACUUUGCUAAUAAUAUGUUUGAAGCGAUGCCAAAAAUUCCUGCUAAUAUCUUGUCGGUAAUUUUGUUCAAGAAGUGA